AUGGUCUGCUUCAGGAUGGUGAAGCCCCUAGCUGAAUUUGUGGCAUCGUUACAUAAAAACCGCGUGGAUGAUCGCAAUCUGCAGGGACACUGUCAGACGCUGAUAAACGGCGAUACCGUCAAAAUUCUGGUUGAUUUCUAUGAAGAGGGACAAUAUGGACUUGAUAUUUAUACAAGGGAAAGUUCGCCAGCAGCACUGAAUGGCGGCAAGCAGCUACUCACCCACUGCUGCAAAUAUCUCGUCAACGUGCGAAUGUGA